AUGCCAACAAAACGUCCAGUUGCACCGCCUGAUUGGUCGUUUCGCAAUGUGCCGGAUCCUCAACUCCAAGCGAGGGGAUCAGGAUGGUUCAGACGCUACAGUCCAGGGAACAUCACUGCCAGACUGAACAGAACCAAUCCUACCACCCGUGAGACUCUGUCUAGCGUUGAGACAGAAAAUACCACCUCCAGAAAAUGCAGAGCUGGCGCUAAAGCUCAACACAGUUUCCGUUUCGGACUGGACAGCUUGGCUUUCAACUAUCUGAUCGUCGUCUUACCGCAGGCGCCUGGCUUUGGGGCUCUGCGAAGAAUCCAGGGACAUCUAUGA